AUGAUCGUAAUCUCUGAUCAUGCGCUUCAGAUUAUCAUCUGUGGCAUGAUCGGCCUGCUCGGCACCAUUGCCGCCAUAUAUUCUCUUGUCGUGAUCAGACGAUGCCAGUUUCUUACGGGUAUCGUUGAACAUUACUGUCUGAUCCAUGCUAGUAGUGGAGUUGUCAUUAAUGCGUGUCACACCAUUUGGGCCGUGCCUUGUGCUAUUUGGGAUCUCAACGCCGAGCUCGAAUGGAUUAGCUAUGUUUUUGGUUUCUUCAUCUAUGCUAUUAUUCCGUUAGCUUAUGUGGCUAGAGUGUCCCUUGCUAUUAAUCGCUGGUUUUCGGUAGCAUUUCACGGAAGGUAUUAUCACCAUCUCGAAGAACAACGUAUUUAUUGCUACGCCGUUCUGGUCGUACUUUCCGCAAUUCUAAUAAUUCCGCUACUUAUACCCGGAUGCCGCUGCUCCCUAUUUACCUCACCCGUAAUUAUGUUCUGGACGGGCGAAAGCGCUAUUGGUGGACUUUAUGUCGAUGUUGUCCAGAUAAAACUCGGCUACGUCGAAAUUGCAAUCACGGCAACGCUGGAGGUAUCGACAUUGCUGCUUCUUAGCCGCAGGUUAAAGAAGUUAGAACGAACCCACACCGGCCAAUCCAGAAGACAGGUCGGGAGGCAGCUUCGGUUUGCGGGACAGCUGGUGACGUUCAACACGACGGAAAUCGCAAUUUUGGUCGUGACAUCAGUUUGCACACAGUAUGCAGCUACGGAUUUUCAUAUGUUUCUCUUGUUUACGGCUAGCUGGCAAUUCGGAGCGCUGCUUGGAAACAUCAUCUACAUCGUCUUCCAGAGGAGAAGUCCAAAGACUGGUUCCGGCAACGUGACGUUAGUGCAAAGCCGGGUUUUCUCAAGACAU